AGUAAGAAGGAUAUAAUGUGUUCAUAAAUCAUAGAAAGUAUACAUUAUAGUUUAUAUGAUUUUGGAAGAGAAAUAAUGUUUAAGGAUGUUAAUGUAAUGCCAAAAUAUUAUACCCAAAUUAUUUGUAAACUGGUCCUCUGAGUAAAUGAGACAGAAUAUGAUAUCGUUGAUGCCUGAAAUAAUGACACUUAGUAAGAGUAAAACCUGUAAGAGAUUCAAAUUCACUCUCAAAAAUAUUUCCUAAAUAUUCUGUCUUCUUUUUGAAGAUGACUCACUUUUUGUCUUCACUUAGGAAGGAGCUGGGAACCAACUCCCUGAACCAGUGGUGGGAUUCAAAUACCUGAACAACCGGUUCUAUUAUGUGAUGCAGGCCUGGGCCUCCAAUGCCAAAAACGGACUUCCGGAAGUGGCAUCAUGCACUUUCGAUGGGCCAUUCUAGACCUGGGAGGCCUCCAGGCCUCUGAUGCCUAGAACGGACUUCUGGAAGUGGUAUCCAUACACUUCUGGUGGGCUGUUCUAGGCCUGGGAGGCCUCCGAGGCCUAGACUAGACUUCCAGAAGCCAGCCAGUUCUUCGAAUUCAGAUUGCACAACUUUAUUCCAGAAAUCUUAAAGAACAGAAAGUUGAGCUUGUAACUCUAGAAUGAAUUUCAUGGUCCAUCUUUGAAUAAGUAUGGAUAUUCACAGCAUCUUUGGAGAAAGAAUACAUUUGGUUCUUUUUUUAUGCCAAAUUAUUACUGCGUUGGAUGUACCUCUUGAUUCAAAACUUCUUGAAAAAUUGUCACAGCCUCCAACAAUAACACAGCAGUCUCCAAAAGAUUAUAUUAUUGACCCAAGAGAGAAUAUUGUAAUACAGUGUGAAGCAAAAGGAAAACCAUCUCCUACCUUUUCAUGGACACGUAAUGGAACUCACUUUGAUAUAGAAAAAGAUCCACGAAUAAGAAUGAAGCCUCACUCAGGGACUCUUUUAAUAAAUAUUAUUAAUGAAGAAAGUGGAGGAAAAGCAGAAUUAUAUGAAGGCAUCUAUCAGUGUACAGCAAGAAAUGUGCUUGGAGCAGCAAUUUCCAAUAAUAUUGUUAUAAGAGCAUCCCGAUCUCCUUUGUGGACUAAAGAAAAGCUAGUUCCAGUAAGAAUUACUGAAGGUCAAUAUGCAAUUCUUCCCUGCAGGCCACCAGCAGGGUUACCACCACCUAUAAUAUUUUGGAUGGACAACUGCUGUCCUUGCUGUUCUGGGAGGCUGAGGGAUCGUCGCUUCCCUAUUGCAGCCCCUGUUGCUGGCUGAGCACACGCUGCUCCGAAGGGGUUUUUUUUCAUCGAAUCAGCUGGCUGAUGGUUCAAUUAGGCGGCUAAGCAGUGUGGCAGAUGCAGGCGAGCUCCAUUUGCUUUUUGGAGGCUUUGACUGCUCCGUUGAAGUUCUUUAGUGUUUUUCUCAUUGGAGGAGUUCUCUGGAUCCUAUAGGGAGGCUCAGAGAUGUAUAGUGGUGGCAAAAUAAUUAUUAAGAAUUGUGUCCGCCAUUUUGUGGAUAUGAACACCAUUCUCUA